GCUCUACAUGCAAAGGAGAUCUGUCUCGUUUUUGAAAGUCCACCACCUUUUGCUUCAACUUUACAUGAACAAGAUCAAGCAGGGAUACUUAGACGAAGGAUAAUUCAACGUCAGUCAGUUUUGUGUAAUAUUAACUCUUCUACUAGUACUGUACUAGGUAACUAUAGUAAUGUAUGCCCUGGUUCUAGUUUAGUUUCUAGUAUUGGUUCCUAUACAGGGACCUUAGUACCAACUACUAUUAAUGUAAAUAUGAUGUCUUUGAUGCAUCUUGUAAAUGGCUCUCUUCUACGAGGUCAGCUAUAAUAUAUAUAACUAUCUUUUUCACCCAAAAAAAAAAAGAAAAAAUGUAGGUGCGGUUUGAUAUUUCACAUAAAGAUAAGUAGCAGUUGAAAUUAUAACUACCAGUUUAUCCUCGAAGAGCUCCUGAGCUUGCGACUUUUGUUAGUUUUGAGGUCCGAAUGCGUUUGACAAUGUCCUCCUCAGCUCUUCCUCUUCCUCUUCCUUUCUCUUCCUCAACUUUCUCCCAAUCUCCAGCUUCUUUAACCUUGACCCAUCACCCAAAUUUCUCUUCUCUACUCCACAGCAACACUCUCACCGACGAACAACAAUGCACUGUAAAAAACGAGUCCAAACCCAGAACAAUUCGUUACCGUUUAGGCGAACUGUGCAGACAAGGCCUACCCCAUCUCGCACGCCAACUGUUCGACACAAUUCCUCAACCGAGUACUGUCCUGUGGAACACAAUUAUCAUUGGUUUUAUCUGUAACAACUUGUCCCAUGAAGCCAUUUCAAUCUAUUCCCGAUUGAAACAUGUGGGUUCAUCGACAUGUGAUCAGUAUACUUAUUCUUCUGUUCUCAAAGCUUGCGCUGAGACGAAACGGAUUCUUGUAGGUAAAGCCGUGCACUGCCACAUUCUUCGCUCGGGUAUUCACCCUAGUAGGAUUGUGUGUAAUUCUUUGUUGAAUAUGUACUCCACUUGUCUCGAAUUCGAAAAUGGUUCUCGUUGUGAUUUAGUUGAAAGAGUGUUUAGAACUAUGCGUAAAAGAAAUGUUGUUGCUUGGAAUACCAUAUUUUCGUGGUAUGUUAAAAGGAAGAGGUUUUCGGAAGCAGUUAGGUGUUUUUUCAUGAUGAUGAGAAUAGGCAUUAAGCCGACUGUUGUGAGUUUUGUUAAUAUCUUUCCUGCUGUCUCUGAAAUAGGGGAUGUUAGAGUCGCUGAUGUUCUUUAUGGUUCGCUUGUGAAAUUGGGUAAUGAAUAUGUAAAUGACUUGUUUGUUGUUAGUGCUGCGAUUGUUAUGUAUGCUGAUCUUGGUUGCAUUGAUUUGGCGAGCAGAAUAUUUGAGAAUAGUUGUGAAAGAAAUACAGAGAUUUGGAACUCUAUGAUUAGUGGGUACAUUCAGAACAAUUUUCCUUUUAAAGCACUUGAUCUCUUUCUUGGAGCUGUAGAAGCAGAGGACGGUGUUCCUAUUGAUGAUGUGACAUUUGUAUCCGCUCUUACGGCAACUUCACAGUUGCAGCAUUUGGAGUUUGCUCAACAGCUACAUGCAUGUCUGAUAAAGAAAAGCAUGGAUUCACAGGUUAUUUUGCUAAAUGCUAUGGUUGCCACAUAUUCUAGGUGUAACCGUGUUGGUGAUUCCUUUAAAGUUUUUAGUGGAAUGGAGGAAAGAGAUAUAGUGUCGUGGAACACCAUGGUGUCUGCUUUGGUACAAAAUGGACUUGAUGAUGAGGCUUUGAUGCUAGUACAUGAGAUGCAAAAGCUGGGGGUUGUAAUCGAUGCUAUAACAAUUACUAUUCUGCUUUCUGCGGCAUCAAAUCUCAGGGACAGGAAAAUCGGUAAACAGACCCAUGCUUAUCUUCUGAGGCACAAUAUUCAAUUUGAAGGGAUGGAGAGUUACCUGAUAGACAUGUAUGCCAAAUCUAGCAUGAUUAGAGAAGCACAAGCAAUAUUUCAGUCAAACUGCACAAAUGAUAAAGAUCAGGCGACAUGGAAUUCUAUGAUUGCUGGAAACACUCAAAAUGGAUUAAUUGAACAAUCCUUUGUUGACUUCAAGGAGAUGCUGGAGCAGAAUGUGAAACCGAAUGCUGUUACCUUAGCAUCACUUCUCCCAGCAUGCAGUCAGUCAGGAAGUAUAGCAAUAGGCAAGCAGCUACAUUGUUUUGCAAUUCGCAAUUUGUUUGAGAACAAUGUUUAUGUUGUCUCGGCUUUGGUAGACAUGUAUUCAAAAUCUGGCAGCAUUCAUUACGCUGAAAGCAUUUUUCUAAAAUCCCCUGAGAAAAACUCUGUGACAUACACAAAUAUGAUUUUGGGAUAUGGCCAGCAUGGGAUGGGUAAAAAAGCUCUUGCGCUGUUCUACUCUUUGCGGGAGAAUGGUUUAAAACCAGAUGCUGUUACCUUUGUAGCAAUCUUGUCUGCUUGCAGCUACACUGGAUUGGUUGAUGAAGGUCUUCAAAUAUUUGAGCUGAUGGACGAAGAAUACGGGAUUCAGCCCUCAGCAGAGCACUAUGCUUGUGUGGUUGACAUGUUAGGAAGAGUUGGACGGUUGGAUGAAGCUCAUAAUUUUGCUAAACAGUUGGGCGAAGAGGGUAAUGUCUUGGGAAUAUGGGGAUCACUCCUUGCUGCCUGCAGAGUCCAUAGAAAUUUUGAAUUGGGGAAAAUUGUUUCCAGUAAGCUGAUUGAAUUAGAGGGGAGUGACAGAAUAUCCGGUUAUCAUGUUCUGCUUUCAAAUAUAUAUGCAGAGGAAGGAAACUGGCAGUCUGUUGAUAACGUAAGAAGAGGAAUGCGCAAAAUGGGAUUGUCAAAGGAGGUCGGAUGUAGUUGGAUUGGUACUUCUGGGUAUCCAAGCUGUUUUGUGUCUAGAGAUAGGAAGCAUCCUCAGAGCGACAUGAUAUAUGAUAUGUUGGGUCAUUUAACCAUCAAUAUGAAGGAUGUUGGUUAUAAGCCUAACCUUGAACCAAUAGAAGAGUGGAUGUAUGGGCUACAAGAAUAAAAAGGUAUUUUGGUUCAUCCACUAUGUACCUCUGUAUUGAUGACCUUUGUGGACAGGAUACUGUAGUUUAUCAGCGACCAGCUUGGCCUUUGAGAUUUGAGACAGAUCAGUCAAGAAAAUCCAAUUACCAUUUUGGUAGCAAAGAAGGAGUCCGUAAUAGCAAAGAAAGGAUCCAAUCCAAGAUUACAACUUCUUUCAAGCUAUCAAUUUGACUGAAGCACAUUUAAAUUAGGGUGCUCUUGAGAGUUUGCUGGAAGAUAAUACAGAUGCUCGACUUGCAGAUUGAUCAACUGUUCCUUUGAUGUGCUUUUCAGUUUAAUUGUUGAGACAUUCGAAGAUGAGUUCUAAUGGCAUGCUGUGCUUAAGCUUCACAUUAUAAGAUGAUUGGAAGUGCUUUCAGGGUACCAUGUUGAGUCUUAUCCUGCGCAUACGAAGAUUGUUGAUCCAUCUUGCUACUGUGCAUCUGACGCUAAUCUGGUGAUGUAGGUAUGUUGGUUUAUGGAUGGUAUGUUUGAUGUUUCCAAUUAUAGGGACACUGGCGAUUCAUCAAGAGGAAAAUUUUCAUUUCUUACUAGAUUUUCAGAAGAAUGAAAUGACGGGAUCGUCCUGGUGAGGAAUCUCGCUAGGCAAUUAAUGACUGAAGAAGAGCCGAUCAAAUUGGUGGUUAUAAUUUUAAGCAGUAAAUUUAUUGUAAGGCCAUUUGCUGGCAUAUUCAGUUAUUUUCUGAUGAAUAAGCUUGGAAGAAGAAAUUUACAGAAAAAGAAUUCUUUGUAGAAUCCUAUGCACAACAAUUUGAAAUAUUGUCAAAACCUAGAGGCAAUGUCUUCUCUUGAGCUGACGCCAGGCGCAAACAAGGGAUUGUCAGCUGAUGAUAGAAGUUGUUCCCGUAAAGGGCAGCUGUCAAUGAUAUAUUUGCUCUGUAACUUGCUGACGGUGGAGUAGCCAUGAUAUUACUAGGACUGAGAAGGUGUCAUACAAACCUUUUCCUCAAUAUUCUUUUAUGUCAACCAUUGAGUUGUUGCAAGCAUGAGUCCUACAAUUGGACCUUUCACCUCCUGUUUGCUAUGGUUGCAAGAGAACAUGACAUGUGGAUUUGGAAGAUGACAUGUAGCGGAGUGUUGUUCAAUCUAUGACAACGUGAACAUGAAGGCCUUCGUCGGGUUCCUUUUGUAUCUCGGGUUUGGUACUUGAAUCGCAGCUCAGGGAGGAUGAUCCUAUGGCUGUGGCAGUGGGGUCACUAGCACUGGUCAAGAGCAAGAUUUUGAUGCUGUUUGGAGGGGAGAGCCGGUUCACGAAUUUUUUGGCGGAAGCAGAUCUCCUGAUGGACUUUCUGAGGAACAAAAAGAUAUCUGUUGGCGUACAUUCAUCUUGGUUCUUUUGAAUGCUCGAUACCACCUGAUCGGUCUAAUUGUCACCUUUGAUCUUCACCCUUGCAUUGUCUUGUUGUGCAAUGCAACAACCUGUAUUAACAAGAAACCACCAGAUAUCCCAGAAGUUCACCUUCCAGAAGAGCCAAAGCCUGCCUUGAGAUCCCUUCUGCUCUGCGGAUUGAAUUAACCAUGCUCUUACAGUGUUACGUGAAAUUGCAUCUGGGAGAGAUCUGAAGAAGUUCCUCGCCGUCAUUGCUGAUCUAUGGGUCUUCUCAGUUGUGAGCAAUUGCUGCAACUUCUUGACACUGUUUUACAUAUUGAAGCCGCAUAUGUAGUCAUUCAUACAGUUCCUUUUUCCAGAGGUAUGACGAUAAAGUGGAUCCAUUCGCUGAGAAAGCAGUGCAGGAAAUCAAGAAAAUAUAUGUUGUCUUUGAUUCCAAGGUUUUGAGCAAAAUUCCAAAGGACCAGUACAAGAUAAGAAGAGGGCGUAGAUGUGUUCAGCGGGAGAUUUAGGUAGGUGUGUUUUGCGCAUGAACCUGUGGUAUCUUGUCUGUUUUUGCAACUUUGUUGUCUUUUCAAGGGUCAACUUUGGGUUAGAAUUAAAGUUAUCAAGAUUAGUCUAUAGGCCUUGUACCAUUGCAUUGUUAGCUGAAGUUUCUCAACAUAUUAAGAUAACAGAAGACUCUAUCUGCUUAUGCUUGCCUGGGAUACCAGAAUGGUAAGAUACCUUUCUGGGUAAA